CAACGACACUGUGAUUAUAUUCCUAAUCUGUGCCGAUGAACUUGUAAAGUGAACGAUCUCAAACAUUGACAAUUUAUAAAGCAUAACUUUUAUUGUGUACUAUGUGUAUUUUGAAGUGAAAAUAACUCUUUAAGAAUGGCUUUAUUUAAGAUCCUAAUCAUCGCUUUAUUGGCAGGAACUGUUGUCCCCAAACGCGUUACUCGCAUCGUUGGAGGGAGUGAAACUACCAUUGACAGUUACCCCUCCCUCGUGGCAGUCGAGAGGCGAAACCUUUGGAAUGGGGUUUGGUGGCAAUCCUGUGCUGGUACUAUUUUGAAUCCUAGAUAUGUGCUGUCUGCUGCUCAAUGCUUUUUUGGCCCAUGGUAUUCCCCAAAAAAUCGUCGCAUCAGAGCUGGAUCCUCUUAUCGCAAUGCGUCUGGUGUUGUGUACUACGUAGAAAAAGAGAUCAACCACCCAUACUAUAGCCUCUAUAAUACUUCCUCCGAUAUAUCUGUUGUCCGACUCUCGACCCGGAUAGGAUACAGUCCAGUAAUCCAGCCGGCAACAAUCGUUGCUAAUGGAUUUGUAUUUCCUGAUAAUAUACCUGUGAAGGUUGCCGGAUGGGGUCAUACUGCAUACUACGGUGAUUAUUCAAACGUUCUUCAAGAAACUACGGUGACCACGGUGGAUCGACGGCUGUGCGCUGAACGCUACAGAACCCUAAACUUAAGACCUAACGUUACUGAGACCAUGCUCUGUGCCGGGGCCUUAGGAGUUACUGGCAGGGAUACCUGUACUGGGGACUAUGGAGGACCCCUCUAUUACGGACAUAUAGUCAUUGGUAUUGCCAUUUGGGGUCAUCAGUGCGGUCAUCCCGAUUUUCCCGGGGUCUACGCGUCUGUCGCUGCUUAUACUAAUUGGAUUGCUUCUGUAGCCGUGUAAUGUAUCUAUCAUUGUGUCAUUGUUUGUAUUUACCUAAUAAAUAAUUUAUU